CUUAGGCCGGGCAUAACUCUAGCCUCGCGCUGAUUGGUUGCUAGGGAGGCCGAAUACGUAACCUCGACGAAACUCGACUUCCUGCCGAAGGAGUGCAAGUGUGUGAGAGAGUGCGCAUGUGCUGAAGAGUUCAUUCUAUUGGAGACGACUCGGACGUACUGACGCAGAACGUCAAGGAAACUGCUAGCAGGGAGAAGAGGAGCGCUGCUGUGGGUCCUGCAUUUGAAGCCACAAGAUGAGUAAAGCGCACCCGCCAGAGUUGAAAAAAUUUAUGGACAAGAAGUUGUCAUUGAAAUUAAAUGGUGGCCGACAUGUCCAAGGAAUAUUAAGAGGGUUUGAUCCAUUUAUGAAUCUUGUAAUAGAUGAAUGUGUGGAAAUGGCACCAGGUGGACAGCAGAACAACAUUAGCAUGGUGGUAAUUCGAGGAAACAGCAUCAUCAUGUUGGAAGCCUUGGAACGAGUGUAAAUUAACAGUGCAGCCUGCAGUGCAUUUUUUAAAAAUUGUUAUGGAUUCUCCAGGAAAUGUAUAUUCCUUGUUGGUUUUUUAAAAUAAAUUGUUAAAAUGGAUUAUUUAUUUGGAA